GCCGAUAAGCAUGCCAAAUGGCUCCUUACGAGAAAGACAUGGAUGCCCCCCUAACAGACGCCUCAGUAGUGGCACCGCAGGCCGCGUCUCGACGGUACUCCGUGGUGUAUCCCGCCGUAGCCACCAUGCUGUUCUGGCAUUUAAGCGGGAUCUACGGACUCUAUCUGGGCGUCUUUUAUGCUAAAUGGGCUACGAUUUUCUUUAAUGUCAUACUGUACAUGUGCGCGAUGCUGGGCAUCACGGCGGGCGCGCACCGGCUGUGGGCGCACCGCUCCUACAAGGCGACCCUCCCGCUGCAGGUCUUACUGAUGCUGUUUCAGAGCCUCGCCUACCAGCACUCGGCGCUUCGCUUCGCUCGGGACCACAGGGCCCACCACAAGUUCAGCGACACGGACGCGGACCCGUACAACCCCGCGCGCGGGUUCUUCUUCGCGCACAUCGGCUGGCUGCUGGUGCGCAAGCACCCGCAGGCCAUCACCAAAGGCAAGGGGAUACACGUGGACGACCUGUACCGGAACCCCGUGCUGGUCUUCCAGAACAAGUACAGUUUCUGCCUCACCAGCUUACUCGCACUCGUGCUACCUGCGCUGGUCCCGACCUACUCCUGGCAGGAGGCCCUAGCCACCGCGCACCACGUGUCCGCGCUGCGCGUGCUCGCCGUCUGGCACGCCUUCUUCACCACCAACAGCGCCGCCCACGAGCGCGGCUACAGGCCUUACGAUAAGCGCAUCAUGCCGACACAGAACCUUCCUGUGACCCUCAUCACGCUCGGCGAGGGAUUCCAUAACUUCCACCAUGUGUUUCCCUUCGAUUACCGAGCGGCUGAACUUGGAAAUAAUUGUUUGAAUCUCACAACGAAGUUUAUAGAUUUGUUCGCGUGGAUCGGAUGGGCAUAUGACUUGAAGCGUGCCUCUCCCGAUGUCAUAUCGAGGAGAUCGAACAGGACCGGAGACGGAACCGAUCUGUGGGGGCGAGUCGAGGAGGAUUUAGUGGGUUCUAGAUAA